AUGAAGUUCCGAGAUGGUAUGUGGCUCGUGAAGGAAGGUGUGAGAAUCGAGUAUGCCGAGGACGUUCACAAAAUUACAGAAGGACCAAAGGGCGACUCUUUGAGCUUGCUAUGCCCAACCAGACACAUUAGGUCUCGGGGCGAUACCCUCAAUCUACCUACAUUGAGCCUUGAAAUCCAAGCAGAAUUUGAAGAUGUCAUUUCCAUCACUACCCAACAUUGGAAGGGCGCUCAAAACCCAGGGCCUCACUAUGAACUGUAUCCCGAAGGAAAGCCUUCGUGUUUGGCAAAAAUUUCUACCUCAGCGAAUGGGACUACGCUUACCUCCGGAAACUUAUCGUGUACUGUUUCUUCCAAGCCUCACACAUUCAAUAUAAGCUUCCAUGAUACUACUACCGGCAAAAGCGUAACCUCCCUUCUUAACCGUUCCGUCGGAUUCGCGUACACUCCUGCACCAUCCUCCCCCAUGCAGACCGGUGACAUGACAAAAAUUGGACACCAUAUCUUCACUCAACACCAGCUUGCUGUUGGCGAGUCUAUCUACGGUCUUGGAGAGCGGUUUACAGCGUUUAAUAAAGUCGGGCAAUCGCUCACGCUUUACAACGCCGACGGUGGAACCUCAUCUGAACAGGCGUACAAGAAUAUCCCAUUUUACAUAUCUUCAAACGGUUAUGGGGUCUUCAUUGACCACGCAGAACCGGUGGACCUCGAGAUUGGGUCUGAAAGGUCCUGCAGACUGCAGGCCAGCGUUUUGGGCCAGAGAUUGAAAUGGUAUGUCAUCUACGGACCUAACCCGAAGGAGAUUUUACGCAAGUACACUGCUCUCACUGGGAAGCCUGGAAAGGUCCCAUCAUGGAGUUUUGGGUUGUGGCUCAGCACAUCCUUCACUACAUCUUACGAUGAGAAGACUGUAGGCAGCUUCCUAGACGGAAUGAAGCAGAGGGAAAUUCCGGUGCAUGUGUUCCACUAUGAUUGCUUCUGGCUGCGCGAAUUUCAUUGGUGUGACUUUGAGUUCUCGAAGGAGCAUUUCCCAGAUCCAAAAUCUAUGAUGUCCCGUUUGAGGAAAGAAAGACCAGGGCUAAAGUUUUGUGUGUGGAUCAAUCCAUACCUUGGCGACGCAUCUCCGGUUUUUGCAGAGGCUGCAGAGAAGGGUUACUUGCUUAAGCGCAAGAACGGGGAUGUGUGGCAGUGGGAUCUUUGGCAAGCUGGUAUGGGGCUGGUCGACUUUACAAACCCUGCGGCCUGCGAGUGGUAUGUUUCAAAGUUGGAAAGUCUUUUUGAUGUCGGAAUCGAUUGCCUGAAAACCGAUUUUGGCGAGAGAAUCCCCGAUAAGGAUGUACAAUGGUUUGACAAGAGUCUUGACCCGGCAAAGAUGCACAAUUACUAUGCAUUCAUUUAUAACGAGGUUGUAUAUAAGGCAUUGCAGAAGCGGUACGGGAAAGACCAGGCUGUGUUAUUUGCUAGGACCGCAACUGCCGGAACCCAACGAUUCCCGCUACAGUGGGGUGGUGACUGUGAGAGUACAUUCGAAGCUAUGGCAGAGAGUUUGCGCGGCGGGUUGAGCUUAGGUGUCAGCGGAUUUGCGUACUGGAGUGUUGAUAUCGGAGGCUUCGAGGGAACCCCAGAUGCGAGUGUUUACAAGAGAUGGGUCGCAUUUGGUCUUCUAUGUUCGCACUCGAGGUUACACGGAAGCAAUUCAUACCGUGUUCCAUGGGCCAUUGAUGAAGAAUCUACAGACGUUCUCCGCACAUUUACGGAUCUGAAGUGCAGGCUCAUGCCAUAUCUUUACAGCCAGGCAAUUUCUUCGACAACCUCAGGCCUCCCAGUAUCACUCCGUGCCAUGUUCCUCGAGUUUCCAGAAGACCCCACAGUAUGGUUUCUUGACCGCCAAUACAUGUUGGGCGACUCACUUCUCAUUGCGCCUGUCUUCACUGAAUCUGGCGAUGUCGACUUCUAUCUUCCUGAGGGUAAGUGGACAAAUUGGUUCACCGGUGAAGUCAAGUCAGGGCCAAGAUGGGUCAAGGAGAAUCAUGGGUACCUUACAUGUCCUAUCUAUAUCCGAGAAGGAUCCAUCCUUGUGCUUGGGAAGGUGGGCGAGAAGAGGGUUGUGUAUGAUUAUUUUGAGGAUGUACAGGUCAUGGUUGUACAGCCGAUUGAUGGAAGGCGCGCGAGGGCACCAGUCAAACUUGUGGAUGAUAAGGGCGAGGCCAUGGGAGAGAUCACGUUGAAUGGCGGGGAAUUGGUUGUGCCGGAUGUUGUGAAGGAUGGGUGGCAGUUGACGGUGAAUGGAAAGGACCAGACAGCGAGCGUGCAGAGUGUUAAGAAAGCGGGUGGAAACUGGACCGUUUGGACUAGGUUGUGGGUGUGA